AUGCAACGAUGCUGACUAUAUUCAUUUUUUUCAUUUUCUAUAACUUGGACUGCACAGCCUCCACCUCACCUUCCAGCCCCAUCAAUGUGACCUUCUCUUCUGUCAAUCUGAGGAAUGUGCUGCAUUGGUUCCCAGGAAAUGGCACGCACACAGAUGAAACACUGUUCACAGUGGAAUAUGCCAUCUAUGGAGACACAAUUCAGGGAAACAAAGGAAAGCGGAUGAACUGGAGGGCAGUGCAGCACUGUAGGAAAAUAGCGCGGACAUGGUGUGAUCUGAGCAGUGAGACGUGGGAUAUGGAGGACAGUUACUAUGCCAAAGUUCGUGCUGUGGACAGGGGAGAAUCUUCCAAAUGGGCUCUUACACGCAGAAGAUUUGAUCCAAAGAUCGAUACUACUUUUGGGCCCCCACUGGUUUCUGUGGAAACAGAGAACAACAAUGCCACCAUCACUAUGAAAGGACCAAUGAGGCAUCCACCAAACAACCAAACCCCAGCACUUUCCAUGGCAGCAUUCUACCCCCAAAUGAAGUACAACCUUUCCGUUCACAAUACCCAUAAGAACCAGAUGUACCAUUUCCUGAUGGACAACAGUGUGUACAAAUUCGAAUGGAUGGAGCACAACACAAAUUACUGCUUUUCUGCCCAGUCAAGAUUCCUCUCGAUGCCAAUCCAGUGCCAGUCCUCUGCAUGGCUCUGCAUAAUCACACCCCAAGACCCCAGGAUUAAGCAACUGGAGAGUGUAGUUGUGGGUAUUGUUGUUCCAGCUUUGUGCAUUUGUAUGAUCUCUGUGGCUGGCUACCUUCUCCAUCACUACCUGUCUGGAAAAGACCAGAAGAGUCCAAACAUACUGUUUCCACCUCCUUUCUACAAGUCUCCUUUCACGUUCCCUCCUGAGAAUCUCAACCUCAUCCCAAUCAGCUCCAUCGGUCCCGAGCUGCCAGGGAACAUCUACCCAAUACCAGUCCCUGCAUGCCCCAGAUACAUUCUACAAGUUGCAGGUCCCCCACCCAGUUACUCUCCACAGAGACAUGAGGCAUCCUCAGAGCCAGAGGAACCCUCGGAUGAUUCGUUCGUUGACUAUGGAGGUAUCAGCAUGGCUCCUCAAAUCACUGUGGGAAGAGAAGAGGAAGUGAGAGGAGAAAGACGUGAUGAUGAAGAGCCACGAGUUCAGAGUGGUCACUCUGCUGGAGCUUACGCUCCUCAAACUAACUCUUCUUGCACAUGUGGACAAACACCCAUGCAGAUACAGACACGUGGGCAUACAGAAAUGAACACACAUGUGCGGGCACAUGCCUGGCCACCGGCUAGUUUAGGUUUAUGGAAACAAAAGCAGCUACUGUCUUUUCCAGGAUCCGCUAUGAGUGUGGUCAAUAAAAAGAAGGGGGACAGAGAGACCCCGAGUGAAGUGGUAAGCCUUCAGUUAAAUCUGCAAACAAAGGAGGAGGUAGAACAGGGAGAAGAGCUGGAUGAAGAGAUGAUGUUGAGCGUAGAGAGACCUCUAAUUUCUGCUUAUGCCUCCCAGAACGUUACAAACAUGUCUGCCUCCCAUUCUGACCAAUCUAAAACCUUACUAAAUGACUAUGGUGUCAUCAGAGUGGCUGCAAGGAAGGAGGAGAAAGAAGAGAGGGGGACUCUUUGGGUUCCCAAGAACAGGAAACUAGUGCUACCAAAGAUGGAGUUUAACCAUGAAAGAUGGGUGGAUGAACCGCUGCUUUCAGAGAGAGGUAUAAGAGAGGAAGAGGAGGAGUAUGUGACAAGGGGUAGGUUGAGGUUGGAAGAUGUGUUUGUCAGACAAGCAAGUGAAGAAGAGGCGGCACAGAAAGAGUCAGAGAACGAUGGGGAAAUGGGGAGCAAAGUGGAGGAUAUUUUCAACAAAUGGGACUUGAAGAUUCCCAUGGAUCAGUAGAUGAUAUCCAUCAAUAUAAAGUACAAACCCUGUUAUUGAAACAUAAGAAAAUAAAGGAAACAUCACCAGUAUGCACAGUAUGUGAUAACAGCACAGAGUCAGGAGCACUUAGAACUGUAGUAGGGUUACCUUUAUAGAUGUGAAUAUUCCUUUAGAUUCAUCAUGAACAACAAGUCACUUAUUUAAAAAAAAAAAAAAAAUCACUCUAAUCAAUGUAAAUACCUCUGAUCUGAUUCUGAUUUUUCCUGAUGUAACACUGUAUGGUAUUAAGAGUGGUUAAUACAGCAUCAGAUCAUAGCCUAGUAAAGCAGCUACUCUUGAUUCUGGAUCGGUGCGUGACACAUCGUUCCCCAAAACCAGAACAGCAAGACAGUUUUCAAAAUGUUUGUUUUUGUGAUCUGAGAUUGUAAUCUGGUUAGAUCCCACACAGGAAACUUUAUCCUGGUGUUCUCUUUCAACUGUUCAGUGUGCAGUCACAGUGUAUUGCAGCUAUUGUAUGACAGUACAUAUCCGUGUUUACUUUAACAGGUUGAAUUACAGGGGUCAGUUCUGGUUUAUUAUUGGCCUGUCUAUCAUGUUGUGACACAUUUAAAAUGCUCCUAUUUACACACUUUGGCUUAUACGCAGGUGUGUUGGUGGUAAAUUUACUGAAUCACAAUGAAAUGAAUUCCUCAUUUCCUCAGUAACAGCCGUUCUGUAACUGGAAAUGAUGAUAAGAGUAAUGAGGAUUAAGACAUGAGUAUAGCACUUUACUCUUUAUUUAAUGUACAAUGUUUUAUUAAUAAUGUGUAUUCUGUGAUCUGCAGUGUGUCAACUGUCUUUGUGCCUUUGUACUGAAAAACUGGAUCAAUCUGGAAAGUGCAGAUUAUGCUCUGUCAUCUCUUUGUUGCUUCUCUGAACCUUGCAAACAUUUCCCCACGUGCUCUACAGUAUUAACAGGAUUAUCGUUUUUCCCUCCAUUUUGUUGUUUUGUUUGUUCUAAGCAGAGGUGCUCGCGCACAUAUUUUAUGUUGUUCCCUUUAGAACGUGUCAGACUUGUUUGCCGCGGCGACUUCUGCAUUCCAGCGCCAACAACAAGCUUAAAAUAGGAAUUCAAAUAUGUGAUGAUUAAAUAACAGAAAAUACUUUCACUUGCACUUCUGAACAUUUGCACAAAGAUUAUAUUUUAUUUUAAAAUAAUGAAGGAAAUCAAUGUGGUCUGUGUUAACUGUGUUCAUCUUUCUGUAUGCCUUAAGUUGUAACUACUCAGAAUAUAUUCAUUCACAA